UAUAAUGAACUCAGUCUAACUCGACCGAUUCAGCAAUUUUAUCUUUGGUCGAAGACUCAGAUCGGAGCUGAAAAAGUUUGUAGUAUUAAGAAAAAAUUAGAAAAAAAAGAACAAAAUCCCCAAGCAGCAGCAGCCAAAAACGGGGGCAAAUUGAAGAAUGGGUGUUGAUUAUUACAAGAUUCUUCAGGUCGACCGCAAUGCAAAAGAUGAAGAUUUGAAGAAAGCGUAUCGUAAACUAGCCAUGAAGUGGCAUCCUGAUAAGAACCCUAACAACAAGAAAGAUGCUGAAGCGAAAUUUAAGCAAAUCUCUGAAGCUUAUGAUGUUCUGAGUGAUCCCCAAAAACGGGCGGUUUAUGAUCAAUACGGAGAAGAAGGGUUAAAAGGCCAGAUGCCGCCUCCAGGGGCGGGAGGUUUUGGAGGCGGUGACAGUGGUGGUCCAACGAUGUUCCGGUUCAAUACUCGCAACCCUGACGAUAUUUUCUCGGAGUUUUUUGGGUUUUCUAGUCCGUUUGGGAUGGGUGAUAUGGGUGGGCCACGUGCAGGGGCGUCUGGGUUCCCUAGGGGAAUGUUUGGUGAAGAUAUAUUCGGCUCGUUUAGGGGUGGUGCUGGUGAGGGUUCUACCACUAUGCCUCGAAAAGGUGCCCCUAUUGAUCGGCCAUUGCCUUGUAGCUUGGAAGAUUUGUAUAAAGGGACUACCAAGAAGAUGAAGAUUUCUAGGGAUGUUAUGGACGGUAGCGGGAGACCUACUACAGUGGAAGAAAUUCUUACCAUUGAUAUUAAGCCGGGGUGGAAAAAAGGCACAAAAAUAACUUUUCCCGAGAAGGGAAAUGAGCAACGAGGGGUUAUUCCCUCCGACCUUGUCUUCAUCAUUGAUGAGAAGCCUCACAGUGUGUUCAAGAGAGACGGCAAUGAUCUUAUCGUAACUCAGAAGAUAUCUCUGGUGGAAGCUCUAACUGGUUAUACAGCACAGCUGACAACACUUGAUGGACGGAAUCUGACUGUCCCUAUCAACAACAUCAUCAGUCCAACAUAUGAAGAAGUUGUAAAAGGGGAAGGAAUGCCUAUUCCUAAAGAUCCUUCAAAGAAAGGAAAUUUGAGAAUCAAAUUCAACAUCAAGUUCCCUACCAAGCUUACAGCAGAGCAGAAAACCGGUAUUAAGCGGUUAAUCGGAUCUCCCUAAGAAUUGGUGGUACCCCUUGUUUGCUAAUUGCUACAAUCAGCCAACUUGUGUAAGUUAACAUUUUUCCUUUUCUUUUAUGUUUCUGUUUUAUAUGUUUUAUUUUUUUUUCUUGGAAAUGAGAAAUUCAAGUGUUGCUGAACUGGGAUGGGCUGAAUAACAAUUACCUAGGGGAGUUCAUGAA